UCUUCCCCUAAUUUGCCACCCUUAUUUAUGUGUGGAACAAGUUUUCACAAAAUUGGCAUUAAAACAAAAAAAGAAGAGAAACUGAACAAAAGUAAAAUCACACACCAAUACGGGUCCGUAUCAGCUUUCCAACCUCAUUCUCCCCUCCCCCCCACACUAAACCACUACACAACCUUCUCUCUCUCUACAAAUCCAGAAAAAAAAUGCUCUCUGGUUUAAAACCUGUUUCUGUGUGUUGAUUAUCUCUCCUUACAAUUCAUACAUAAUUCAGUGCGAGCCAGAGACAAAGAAAGUUUUUUUAAAACAAAACCCAAGAAAAAGAAAGAAAAGCAUUCUUCUUUCUUCUUUGUUGCUUUUGCUUUAUCUCUCUUUUGUGGGCACAAAAAACAUCAAAAACAAAGUUUCUGUUCUUCAGUUUUGUUGCUGUUUUGUUUUUGUCUUUCCUUCUCCUUGUGGUAAACCUUUGAUGGCGGCUAUGAAGAAAGAUCCUUACUUUCUCGUCUCUUUCGUCUCCUUCUUGUUACUCUGUCUCUCCACUUGCUCUCUCUCUUCUCAGCCCAGAAACCCUGAAGUGGAAGCUCUGAUAAACAUAAAGAACGAAUUACACGACCCUCAUGGUGUUUUGAACAACUGGGAUGAGUUCUCUGUUGAUCCUUGUAGCUGGACCAUGAUCACUUGUUCUCCCGACAACCUCGUUACUAUCCUAGGAGUUCCAAGCCAGUCUCUUUCUGGUACUUUAUCAGCCUCCAUCGCAAACCUCACUAACCUCCAUCAAGUGUUAUUACAGAACAAUAACAUCUCCGGCAACAUCCCACCGGAGCUCUGUUCUCUACCAAAGUUACAGACUUUGGAUCUUUCCAAUAACCGGUUUUCAGGCGAAAUUCCCGGUUCGGUUAACCAGCUGACUAGUCUCCUAUAUCUGAGGUUGAACAACAACUCAUUAUCUGGGCCCUUUCCUGCUUCUCUCUCUCAAAUCCCUCACCUCUCUUUCUUAGACUUGUCUUAUAACAAUCUGAGAGGUCCUGUUCCUAAGUUUCCUGUAAAGACAAUCAAUAUUGCUGGGAAUCCAUUGAUUUGUAGAAGCAGCCCACCUGAGAUUUGUUCAGGAUCAAUCAAUCCAAGCCCUUUCUCUGUCUCUUUAAGCUCCUCCUCUGGACGCAAGACCAACGUAUUAGCAGUUGCGCUUGGUGUAAGCCUCGCCUUUGCUGUUAGUGUGAUCCUCUCCCUCGCCUUCAUUUGGUACAGAAAGAAACAAAGACGCCUUAUGAUCCUCCGCAUAAGUGACAAGCAAGAGGAAGGGUUACUAGGAUUAGGGAAUCUAAAAAGCUUCAGUUUCAGAGAACUCCAUGUAGCUACGGAUGGUUUUAGCUCCAAACACAUACUCGGUGCAGGCGGGUUUGGUAACGUCUACAGAGGAAAGCUUGGGGACGGAACCAUGGUUGCAGUGAAACGUUUGAAAGAUGUGAACGGAACCUCAGGGAACUCUCAGUUCCGCACCGAGCUUGAGAUGAUCAGCUUAGCUGUUCACAGGAACUUGCUUCGGUUAAUCGGUUACUGCGUCAGUUCUAGCGAAAGGCUUCUUGUCUACCCUUACAUGUCCAAUGGCAGCGUCGCCUCUAGGCUUAAAGCUAAGCCUGCGUUGGAUUGGAACACAAGGAAGAAGAUAGCCAUAGGAGCUGCGAGAGGUUUGUUCUAUCUACACGAGCAGUGUGAUCCAAAGAUCAUUCACCGUGAUGUCAAGGCGGCGAAUGUGCUUCUAGACGAGUUUUUUGAAGCUGUCGUUGGAGAUUUUGGGCUUGCCAAGCUGCUCAACCACGAGGACUCGCAUGUGACAACCGCGGUUAGAGGCACGGUCGGUCACAUUGCGCCUGAGUAUCUCUCAACAGGUCAGUCAUCUGAGAAAACAGAUGUCUUUGGGUUCGGUAUACUCUUGCUAGAGCUCAUCACAGGGAUGAGAGCUCUCGAGUUUGGCAAAACCGUUAGCCAGAAAGGAGCUAUGCUUGAAUGGGUGAAGAAGCUGCACAAAGAGAUGAAAGUAGAGGAGCUUGUGGACCGGGAACUUGGGACAACGUACGAUAGAAUAGAAGUUGGAGAGAUGCUGCAAGUGGCUUUACUCUGCACUCAGUUCCUUCCAGCGCAUAGGCCGAAGAUGUCUGAAGUGGUUCAGAUGCUUGAAGGAGAUGGAUUAGCUGAGAGAUGGGCUGCUUCACAUAACCAUUCACAUUUCUACCAUGCCAACAUGUCUUACAGAAGUAUUACCUCUACUGAUGUUAAUGGAGACAACCAAACCAAACAUCUGUUUGGAUCCUCAGGGUUUGAUGAUGAAGAUGACAAUCAUGCCUUAGAUUCUUUCGCCAUGGAACUCUCUGGUCCUAGGUAGAGAAAGAAAGAUAUCCCCCAUGAGUUUAAAUUUUUUUGGAGAUGAUAUAGACAUGUAAAUUGUAUGAAAAUUUGAGAUUAUGGGGUCUAAUGUUUACUAUUUUGGAUGUAGAUAUUAUUUAUUUUGGAAGGUGUUUUUCUUUGUUUUUUUUCUGUUUUUGGUGUUUGUCUCUCUCAAACUCAUUAAGACUUAUUUUGAGAAUGUUUGUUAUGGUCACAUAUGUCUUUGAAGCUUGUUGUGGUCCA